UCUUUGUCCCCGGGGGUUGUUUCUACCCUUCUCAUCUGAACUCCUCUUCACCUUCAAAAUGACGUAGCCGAGGCCGUCCUUGUCGUCCCGUCUCCACGUGUGAAAGCCGCCCAGUCGCAAUGAAUUCUCGCCUUAUAGCAAUUGUUGUAUGCUUAUUUACUAUCCUUGGGUUUUAUAAGAUACUUUUGGCUUCCUCCCGCGACCCUACGAGUCUCUUUUUCAACCCCCGAGUCGGAUAUGCACCGCGAUACUCUGCCGUCCGCAAAGCUGAAGCUGGGGACUUCAUAUCUGAUGCACCAAAAUAUGCAGACCUAGUUCAAGCAAAAGACGGAGAAACAGAAAGGAAACUAUGUGUCGGCAUUCCUUCGAUCGCACGGAAAGAUGUACAAUAUCUGCAAACGGCUGUCGGUUCGCUGAUCGAAGGACUCACACCCCAAGAGCGCGCGGAAAUCUUUCUCAUCGUCUUCAUACCUCAUUCGGAUCCAACUGUCCACCCUUCAUACGCCGAGCAAUGGCUUCCCGAUCUUACGGACGAGGUCCUAGUCUACAAUGUCACGAGCGAGCAGACAGAUCACAUUAAACAAUUGGAAUCAGAGGGCGGGGAGUACCGAGAAAAAGGACUGUACGACUAUACAUACCUCCUCCAAGAAUGCAUUUCAAAACGCACGCCACACAUCGCCAUGCUAGAGGACGACACUGUUGCCAUGGAUGGCUGGUACCAUAGAACCAUGGCCGCAAUCGACGAAGCCGAAGCCCUAUCCGCCGAGCGUCGAGCCCUCGCAGACUUCCUCUAUCUCCGUCUCUUCUACACCGAAGAAUUCCUAGGCUACAACUCCGAAGACUGGGCAACCUACCUCUUCUACUCGACUCUCGCAUUUGGCUUUCCCCUCGCCGUCCUCCUCUACCUCCGCCACUCAUCCGCGCCCGCAAAGCGCAUUCUCACAAACCGCACGCUGGCCACCAUAUCCGCCGCCACCAUAGCCUGCAUAGCCCUCUUCUUCCUCCUCGGCCGCUGUACCAUGCUGCCGCUCCCCGCUGGCGUGAACGAAAUGCCCGCGUAUGGCUGCUGCUCGCAGGGCCUCGUGUUCCCGCGCAACAAGGCCAUGACGCUCGCCAAGUACCUCACGAAGCGCCGCCUCGGCUUCGUGGACGUCAUCAUCGAGGAGUACGCGAACCAGAACGACGAGCUGCGGUGGGCGAUCACGCCGAGCGUGCUGCAGCAUGUCGGGAGGAAGAGUAGCAAGCUGGACGACUACGGGCCCGCGAGUAAGUGGGGGAUGAGCGUCGCGGAGAAGAUUUGGAGUUUUGGGUUUGAGAGGUUUGAUAGGGGGGCGCUGAGGGAGGAGCAUUUGAGGGUGGCGGCGUCAAGGGAGACAUAGCAGUUGCUUUUUCGUUAGACUGAUUCGAUUGGAAAGAAUGAAUAGAAUUCGAAAAAUAUGGUCGAAGACGAAUUCGCCAUGGCAAAUAAGGCUUGCUCUUUUGCCCACGCGAGGCGUGCGUCGCGCAUUGCUUGUGAAGUUAUAUUGAUCAGUUCCAAGUAGAACGACCAUCGACUAAAGACAUAUCCAAACAACAUCAUGAAACAUACACAAACCUAAGUACGUACGCAGGAUGUCCACCCAACUCCGCAUCCUUCGGCCAUAAAGCGUCACCCAAGCCAUUACCCCAUUCGGCAUCCCGAGGCUCGGCUCCAUGUCAUACGAUCGCGUCCUGGAGGGAUGCAGCUACCUAAGCAUCCAUGUAUGCACACGCAUACAAUACUAAU